AUGUCGGCGCCAGGUCGCCGGACGGCCAGCGGCCAGUCCGGCCGCCCAGGAUCGCGCUCGUCGCGUCGCUUUGUGUCACCUACCCCCGUCGAACUGGGCGGUGGUGCAGGCAUCCUCGGCCCCGUGAGCGACGAGCAGGCACACCAGGCAGCCCUCUACCGCGUCUCGUCGCCGGCAUACUCGCCCAACUCUACACGCAGUAGCCUGUACUACAGCUCGUACAACUCGCCCACCGGGUCCCUGUUUUCCCAGUCGUCCAAGACCGGUGGCCCGCCGCCGCCCAGCAGCUCGCAGCAGCAGCAGCAGCAGCAGUCCAACAGCGGCCUGUCCCCGUCCAAGCCGCCCCCUGUUGCGAUCCCACCAGCAAACAGCGGCAGCGGCAGUAGCAGCAGUAACAGCAUGGCGCCGCCUGCGCCAAACUACAAUUCGUGGAGCAACGCGUCUGGUUCAUCGCGUUCCAUUGCAACCAACGGCACCAACGGCAGCGGCGUGUCGUCUCUUGGGCCCAGUUCGCGUACGCGCACACCAGUAAAGGACCUGUAUGCGUUCGACACGACAAGUGCGCCAGGGAGCCAGGCGUCGAUGGGGUCGUCGUCGACGCGUCAAGGCGGCCACAGCCCGCGCAAGCGCUCGGCAGGACGCUGGGACCCCAUGCUGAUGGGCGCCGAGGACCCCUCGCUGAGCACAACAGGCUCAUCGUCUUCGUCGUCCCGAGCGGGACGCGAUGGACCACUGCCCGGCAUGGCCCAGGGUCCCUUGCACCACGCUCCAGCGCACUCGUCUGGCGGUGGCUCCUCUUCCCAUUCUUCCUCGCUUGGAAAGGCCGCUGGGUCGCGUUCUGCAAAGAAAAAGCACGUCCCCGCACCGAUCCACACGGGCAGCGCGGACCUCCGUCACGCACCGAGCUUGAGCCAGGACUGGCUCGCCGUUGACCAGUACGGCUCCAUUUCAGAUCUCUCGCCAACACGUCGUGCUCCUGCUCCACCAGCAAACGCCCUGCCCCCAUCGUCGACUGCGCAAAACGCGAGGAUGAUGCCUGUCAGGUCGCACGACGACGACCACACCAUGCAGCGCUCGGCGACCGACCCCAUCGCCUCGCAACAGCAGCAGCAGCAGCAGCAGAGGCGGCCCUCGGGCGACAGCCGCUCGAUAACACCAACACCAAACGGAUACGCCGCCGCCCAGGACGGUCGCAAGACCCCUACCCCGCUUGGCGAGUCGAGCGGGCGAAACCAGUUUGGGCCGGAUGUGCACGGACGCAAGGUGUCCAACGGCUACCCCGAGUCCAAUGGGCGUAGCAGGACGCCAAACGGCGUCGAGGGUUACGGCGCCCUGCCGUCGGAUGUGGAUGCUACCGGGGGCUCCAGACAGCCACUCAACGUCAACCGCCCUGCACCCCCGCCGCCCCCGCUUAAGACGCGCCGGUCAAUGGACUUGCUACGUCGACCAUCGACAGAGCUGCUUGGCUUUGGCAGCAGGAACGGUGGUGGAGACCCCAAGGACGCCAAGGCAGCUGCACAGAAGAGCCUAGGCAGCGGCCCCGCACCUGCCGCCGACGGCCGCAAGCCGCCCGGUCUCUCGCUCAAGAAGAGCUCUGGUGCCCUCCGAAACCUGUUCCGUGGCAAGAACAGGGAGCCGUCAGACUCGAUCCCAGACAUGCCGACCCAGCAGUCCCAGGUGUCCCAGCCCCGUCCGUCGCUCAGCGACUUGCUACGACCGACGCCGCCACUGCCGCCUGGAGCCGCGUCCCCAGCCACGGGUGUGGGGCCGUCGUUUGCCGGCACAUGGAGCUCGGCAACCAAGUCGUCGUCUGUGAGCUCGCGGCGGUUCCAGCGUACCGAGUCGGGCGGGUCUUCGCCAAUGGACGACCCGGAACGUAGCCGCCGCUCGCCACCUGUGCCUCCUCCGAGCGAGGCGGGUACGCAGCCCCGCACGCAAUCGCGCUCGCGUCCAGCAAUCCCCAUGCGCGAUCUUCCUCCUCUGCCACCUGUUUCUUUAGCGACGCCUCAGCAGCAGCCCCAGCAACCGCCUCAGCAGCCACCUCAGCAGCAGCCCCAGCAGCAGCCCCAGCCUCAGCAGCCACCUCAGCAGCCAGCUCACCAGCAGCAGCAGCCCCAGCAGGCGCCUCAGCAGCAGCCCCAACAACCGCCUCGGCAACCGUCCCCGGCCGUUGUGUCCAACAGGUCGGCCUCGCCAGAGAAACCCACUCCCACCCCGGCACCGGCAUACCAAAGCCCAGUGUACGAGACCCCCAUCGCACCUGCGCGCGACCUCCCUCAAAAGGCAGUCAGCCCUGCCGUGUCAGAGGGUUCGGCAGGGUCGUCUGCCACUGCCCGUCCGUUUAUCGACUCUCCACACGAGUCGCCGCGCGAUGAGUGGUCCCAGUCGCCCUCCGAGUCACCUGCUACCGUGUCGCCUGUCAAGUCGUCGGCCCCGCUGCACCUGUUACAGCUGCCCGACCUGGACAUUUCGUUCGACUUUGGCUCGUUUGACUCUAUCGGUCUCAGCUCGCCUCCCACGCCCAAGAAGCGAAGCCCGACCAAGGUGUCCGGCCAGCAGCAGCAGCAGCAACCCGUGGCAGCGGCAUCGCCGACGCGGACUCGUUCGCAGCGCGGUGUCCACCGCACAGACUCUGAACGGGCCAAGCUUGCCGAACGUCGCCGAUCCAAGUCGUUUGACGGCCCGGGAUCAGGGGUCGACGACCCCUGGCGCCUGACUCUGGACGACACAUGGACGUCGCCACACAUGGCCAAGCUCUUCUCGCCCAGCUCGUCGUCGGCGCCGCUGCUCUCUGCGUCACAAGAGUCGUUGCCCACCACCAAGGCGGCCACGUAUAUUGCCAGCACACACACUGUCCCUUCCGAAUCGGACGCUUCGUCAACACGCGACCACUCGCGCACGCCGUCGGGAUGCAGCUCGGCGCGCGAGACCAGCUCCACGCAGGAAACCAGCUCCACUUCUUCCCCGCACACCCCGGAGGACGCCCACUCGGCCUUCCUCGCCAGCUCCCCCACCACCGAGACCGCCAAGGCUGCAGCGGCGGCGGCAGCUCCUGUACCUGUCCUGUCGCUUGACUCGCCCCCAGCGCUCCAGCCUCCCAUCGAGCUCGACACGCCGUUCCUCGGCGGCCCGUUCAACAACGGUCUCUCGCUCAAGGACGCACAGAGCACGUCAACGACACCCAGCCCUGCUACGUCCGAGCCCCACACUCCGACGCCGGCCGCCGCAAAGGCCAAGGCACUCGAGUCUACGGCCAAGACCCUCGAGGCCAAGGCCGAGCUCAAGACGCCAGCAGUAGCAGCGGCGGUUCUUGCGCCGCCCAUUGUGAUGGCUGCAGGCGCCGUCAUUGCUGGCACCGCCAAGGCUGAGCCGGCCAAGGAGCCCGAGGAGCCCAAGGAGCCCGAGCAGAUCCCGCCUUCCAAGGCGCCGUUCCACGCUCGCAGCACCGCGCGUGUGCUGGCCAACAUGGCCACGCCCAUCUCGCCGGACCCCAACGUGACCCUUCUGGACCUCAGCCGCGAGCUGGAGCGCUCGCUCGACAACUUCCGCUACCCGAUGCAGGGCGGCGGUCCUGAGCGUUCAAUGAUCAUCCGCAACGAGCUGCUGGUGUACAUUGGCGAGCUGGACAAGCGGUGCUACUCGCGCACCGAGGAGCGCGUGUACGAGGACAUUCGCGACAUUUGCUUCUUCUGGGCCGAGUCGCUGCUGUACGAGCUGCGCGCCGAGCAGGCAGCCAACGAGCGCGGCGCAUGCCUCGAGGGCCUGGCGGCCGUCCUUGAAAGCCAGUGUCUGUCCGCCGCAGCGCUCGAGGCGUCGCCCAUGCACCAGGACGCGUUCUCGCGCCUCAUGAUGCGCGUCAUGAACUUUGUCAUGGACAAGCUGGGCGCCAAGGGUGUCUUCCACAACACGCUGUUGUUCAGCGGCCGUUUCCUUGCAUUUGCCUUCUUCCGGGUCCCGCACGUCGGCGACCAGCUCGUCGGCGUCCUCCAGCCUCCCCGCGGCUCGCUCAUGCGGUUUACGCGCUCGGUCCUCGUUGGCAGCACGAUCCCGGACUCUGCGCAGCCAAAGUAUCCGGCGCACCUGCAGGCGCUGUGCUUUGACAAUUCGCAGUCGUACACGAGGCGCCUGCUCACGCUCGACCCCGACUUCCAGACGGCCGAGGAGAAGGAGGCGUUCCACUUCCAGCCAGGCAACUGGCUGCGGCGAUGGCAGUCAGACGACUCGGAGCUGUUCCCGGCCUUUUACCGCGCGUACCACCGCCAGCUGGCCGUCUACCUCGGCCCCGCUGUCGAGUACUACCAGGCGCAGAACAAGCCCGUUCCCGCGUCGUACCUGUUCCGGGCCCCUGGUUACGCGCACCUCGCGACCAUUUUCGCCAAAAAGUGCCACUCGUACAUUCUCGGCUCGGUCAAUGCCGUCACGACGUCGUCGUCCAACAACAACUUUGACGCGACAGAGUCGGCGGGCUUUAGGGGCAGCCAGAAACCUCCCGUGCUCGAGACGGCCAACCGCCGCCUGGUGGAGACCAUGUGGACGUUUGCGUCGGCGCUCGUGGUCAUUCCCGGCAGCGACGGCCGCAUGAUUGAGACGGACGGCGCACAGUUGUGGGGCAGCACCAUCGACCUGUGGAUCAAGAGCCUCAUCACCAAGACGAGCCUGUACGCGCCCAAGGGCGUGUUUUGCCUGUUUGACCUGUUGGACGGCAUCAUCGACCCCGUCCAGACGGGCGGCGAGCACUCGCCCCUCGACGUGCCGUACAUUAUCGGGCUUGUCCGCACCAUCCUCAACGAGGCCGAACACGCGCUCACGCUCGUCAAGGCUAUUGCAUUUGUCUUUACCCACUGGGAGAUCCUCACCAUCAACCCGGACAACCGCCGCGAGCUGUGUCUCGACAUUUUGCUGCAGCGCAAGCUGUUUGAGCGGCUGCUCCUGUUCUGGUCGCAGUCGGUGCGGUCGUAUGUCCUGCGUCUUGUCGUGUUCCGUCUCGGCCACCUGCACACCACCAAGGACGACGGCAUCUCCUACGAGGUUGAGAUUGAGUCUGUGCGUCUCCUCCAGACACGUCUCGACGCCAUCAAGCGCCGCCACGACGAGCUCGAGCCCCGCCAGCCGUCCGAGUCCGAAAUGGACCUCGCACCGCGUACCCCCACGGCACCGGGGAUCCCGCGCAGCCGCAGCACAAUCACCAUGGUCCCCGACUCGCCGCAGCCGGCGACGAGGGCCGAGCGCCUGUUGGGUCUCGGUCUCGGCGGGCCCACCGCCGAAGAGGACAAGGACGCAAAGGCCAAAUCGUCCUGGUGGAAACGGACGCUCGGAGGCAAGGCCGCAACGGCCAGCAAGACGGGCAAGAAGAAGGGCUCGCCAUCACUGCCCGACGUGUCCCCGCUCGUCCCGGCCGUGACGCUGCUCAGCUCGUCGCCAACUUUCGAGUUCGAGCUGCCCACCGCCUCGCCGCGCUCCGACGCCUUUGACCCCAUCACGUCCCCCGGCUCGCCCUCGACCGGCCCCGGGACCUCGCGGCGGUCGUCGCAGCCCGCGUCGCCGCGCGGCCCGACGUCGCCACACAUGUCGGCGCAGUUCUCCAAGCGCUCCUCGCUCCUGCCGCCGUCGACGGCCACGGCGCUCGACUCGCUCGGCGGCACGGGCCUGCGCGUGCCCUUUAUCCCGCGCGACCCGGGAUACCCGAAACGCCUGCACGCGUACGCGAUCCGCAUGCUCGCCGAGCUCGAGGACGCCCAGAAGGAGUAUGACGAGUGGUGGGCCGACGGCGGGAUCGGGAAGGUGGACGGCGCGCCGCCCCGCCUGGCGGUGGCAUGGCCGUUCCACGAGGGCGAGGACUAA